AUGAUUUACUAUCGUUAAUUAAAACUUGUUAUAUAAAAUUUGCAUUAAUAAUAAUUAAUUAAUUAAUUAGUUCUCUAUUUAUAAAGAAAAAUGCAAAUUUGGAGGAUUUUAAUCUUAUCUUAUUACACUUUUUUUUAGUAAAUUCAUGGCUCAACAUAUUCAGAGUAUCUAACAUGUUACUAUGAAUCAUGUAUUUAACUAGAAUAGUAAUGCUUAAACAAUAAUUAGUGUUAAGCAGUAUGGAAUUAGUUUAAGAGAUGCUAAAAUAAACUCUAUUUCGUUGAUCCAAUCUAACAAUGUGUUAAAUAAUAUAAAAAUGCAGAAGAAUAAAAUAAAAUAACUUCAGAUUUAUUCAAGUGUUAUGAUAGUUGCAAUGGAUUAAAUACUGGUAUAUGCAAUAUUUAGAAGAUGGAUUACGAAAAUUGCUAAUUAGAUAAUUUAUGCUAUCAGAAAGACUUAGUUUACUUUGAAAAGUAGAUGUAGUCUUGUUUAAAAUAAAAUUUAAAAGAUUGCGAAAAAAAAAAUGAUAUCAUUUGCAUUUAAAAAGAAACAAACAGAUGUAUGAUAAUAAAUUCAAAGUACUCUAAUCAUUUAAGUAAUUUAAUGAGUUGUAAACUGCUUUAUCUUUUAAAAUCAACUAAUAUUCAAGCUUUCUAUUCAUUAUGUCUUUUAUUACUUUUAUAUUUACUAUGA